AUAUUCAUCAUAAACUGCAUUUUUUCGUGGCAGGUCACGCAAAUGUGGUCUUAAAGCCUAUGAACAAUUUUUGAUAAUAGAAUCAUAUGUCUCGGAUUGUCAGCGCAGAUCAACCAAUGAGCGCAGGACUCGGGCAUCACUCAGAGGGCGGGACUCGGACUGUAGUCCAAUCACAGCCCCUCGCAUUGUUUUGACCUCUGAAACCGCAUCACCGCCUACCUCGUGCCCAUGGCGGAGGAAAGCUAUAAAUAAAGGCAACACUGUAACAGAAGGGGGACGAAGUUGCAAAACUCCCGAGUAGGAGGGAGCUACAUUGCAAGCCUGCUGAAAGAGGAAAAAAACGCAAAAUAACCUUAAAAACAGAAACCGAAGCAAACGCCAAUCCUCCGAAAUCUUCAUGUACUGGAAUACUUUUUUGUAAUGUUGAUAAUAUAUUCUAUGUGAAGAAAGUAUUUAUACUUUUUUUCUAUUUGCACUAACUAACGGUACUUCAGAACUACUGAGAAUCUUUGUUUUUUUUUUUUGUUUUUUUUUUACAAAAAAGAAAUAAAUACCACACCCUGUGGAAAGACACCACUUCUAAGAAACCAGCACUUUUGCUUUUGAACCUGUUUUGAUCUGAAUUCCGGUUGCUUUCGCCAUCCUGCCUGGAGAGCAUCUGUGUUGCCAACCACGGAUAAACAAAGCAGACCUAGUGGACACAUUCAGACACACCUAAUCUUCACGCACCUGAUAAACUUCAGCAGUCAGCUAUGCAGCUUGAAAUCCAAGUAGCUCUCAACUUCAUCAUCUCGUACCUGUAUAACAAGCUGCCAAGGCGACGGGUCAACAUCUUCGGCGAGGAGCUGGAGCGGCAGCUGAAGCAGAAAUAUGAGGGACACUGGUACCCAGAAAAGCCAUACAAGGGCUCAGGAUUCAGAUGCAUCCACGUGGGGGAGAAAGUGGACCCUGUGGUGGAGAAGGCAGCCAAAGAGAGUGGGCUGGACAUUGAGGAUGUCCGCAACAACCUGCCCCAGGACCUCAGCGUGUGGAUUGACCCCUUUGAGGUGUCCUACCAGAUUGGGGAGAAGGGUCCCGUCAAAGUAUUGUAUGUUGACGACAGCAAUGAAAGUGGAGCUAACAGUGGGGGGAUUGAUCUGGACAAGGAGAUCAAGAACAGUUUCAAUCCCGACGCACAGGUCUUCAUGCCUAUCAAUGAGCCUGUGAAUGGCACCUCUCCGGGCUCCAGCUCACCCUCUCCUCCUUUCGGUCAUUCGGCAGCCGUCAGCCCCACCUUUAUGCCCCGCUCCACGCAGCCUUUAACCUUCACAACUGCCACCUUUGCCGCCACCAAGUUUGGCUCCACUAAGAUGAAGAGCAGUGGACGCAACAACAAUGGCAGCAGUAGUGCUGGGAACAAGGUUGCACGUACCUCUCCCACCAACCUGGGCCUGAAUGUGAACAGUCUCCUGAAACAGAAAGCCAUCUCCACCUCCAUGCACUCUCUGUACGGGUUGGGCCUCGGAACGCAGCAGCAGCAGCAGCACCAGAAGCCCUCAGCCCUGUCCCCCAAUGCCAAGGAGUUUGUGUUCCCCAGCCUGCAGGGCCAGGGCAGCCAGAGUGCUCUCUUCCCUGGGGACAGCUCGCUCAGCCUCAGCCCGCUGCAGUACAGCAAUGCCUUCGACAUGUUUGCGGCCUAUGGUGGCCUUAACGACAAGUCCCUUAUGGAUGGCUUGAAUUUCAGCUUGAACAACAUGCAGUAUUCUAACCAGCAAUUCCAGCCAGUUAUGGCCAACUAGUACACGUAAAGGUACUACUUAAGCUACUACUUCACACAGAAACGACCAGAGAUAAUGUGAUAGGGGGGAAACAAACACAAAUGCACAUUUUGAAAAAAAAAAAAGUGUAAACAAGAACAGAAUGUCAAGGAUAAAAGGAAAAAGUGACUUGUCAACUGUAAGAUCUAUGUUACGAGUCUUAAGAGCAUGAGCCCGAGGGUGAACUACUUUGCCCCCUUGAGUUAUACCUUUUUUUUUUUCCCCUAAAUGAUGAAGCUUGUAGUACAAGAUGUCCAAGCUUGGUUACCUAAACUUCAACAUGCAUCAUUGUUAUUUCUUUUGCCAACCAAGCACAAAAUAUUUUUUUUUAUGUGACUGUUUUAAGAUAUAAAAAAAGACAAAAAAAAUACCACCACAAGUCAUGGCCUCUUUCAGUAUUUAAACAUAACUGGACACAGCCAAUUUUUCAAGGAAUUGGCAUAAAUAAGUGGGAUUUCCUGGUCUUUUUUCUAAUUGUAUAAUUUAAUUUAGUACAGAGUUUGUAAAAUAUCAGAGUAUCUAUUGUUUCUACGACAUGGUAUUGCAUUUAUAUCUUUUUACUACUCCAGUGAUCUGUGAUGGCUGCAGCAACUUUAUGUUUUCUUUUUUUAUUGAAAUUAUAAAAUGAAUCCAUCUUUAAAAAAAACAUUGACUAUUCUAAAGAUUGUGUACAGAAUAUUCCGUAGUGGUGGGAUUUAAGAAUAUUUGCUUUUUUUGAAAAACAUAAGAGUUGUAUUUUCUGUUAAGAGUUUAAAGAUUUUUGCUAUAUUAUGGACAAAAUGUAAUCGUAUAUUAAUUUUGUACCUACAUUGUGCAAUACUUGAUAAAACAAACGGUAUAACAAAGUAUUCGGAGUCAGUGUCUUACAUGUUAAGAGGGACUGAUAGUUUAUUAAGUUUGUAUUAAAAAGCUUGAAAAUAA